AUGUCGGAUAUGGAUAACCUAGUCGGGGCUCCCAUCUCAAGGAAUACCUCUUUCAAUUGGACAUGGUUUAUCGAACUCUGCACCUGCUCAUGCUUGACUCUCUUCUUUCUCUUCUACUUCAAUCGCCUGUUCGCGACCCUUGUCUCCUACGGGCUGAGAGCCUUCACCUGGCAUAAGUACCGAGUCUGGAUCGACAUUCAAGCGCUUCAGCUAUCCUUUUUAGCCGGACGGAUCUUCUUCAAAGGCAUCCGCUAUCAUGCCGAGAACGAAACUGUCCUGAUCCAGAAUGGUUACAUCACUUGGAGGUAUUGGCAGUCCUCCGCGCGGCAGGUAGAUCUCUCGGGGCUGGAAGGAGAAGAGGAGGAUUAUGUGGUCAAGGAGAAGAAAAAGUCUCCGCUGGACGGGUCUGACGAUUCAGAGACUCCCUCUGAAGACCCCGAGAAUGGCCGUUUCAGAGUGAAAACGACAGCAGAGGCCCGAAUCUCGGCUCAUAUCUCGGGUUUGGAAUGGUUUGUCUACAACAGAACUCCUGUAUACGACUCCAUUGUCCAAGGUGUUUUGAAUCACGAUCUCAAGGGCUGCAACUCGCAGAACCAUAAUACCGGCCAGAAACACGACCACAUGCUGGGCAAGCUCCAUCUCCGUAGGGACAAGACAAGGCCUCAUUCGAAAGAUACUGCUCAUAGUGUCACCUCCGCAGACAGCCAACUUGGCGAAAAGGCUGACCGGGACUCACCAACGAGCGAUUUCGCUGUCCCUCUCGGACGCACAGAUACCUACGCCAGCGUGGCCCCGGACAUGGAGCGACCUGUCGCAGACAUACCAUCCUCCUAUCCUUGGAUUCUUCGUGUCCUGCCGAUCGCUCUCGAGUGCUCAAAAGGCGCAAUCUCACUUGGAAAUGAGAACACGCGGGCAUUGGUCGUCACUACCUUUGCAGGUGCAAAAGGCCAUAUCGACGCGAGCGCAGCGGGGCUGUCAGACUUCUUCCGGCAGGUGUUCGACUUCACCAUCGACCACCCCAAAGUUGAAAUGAAACCCAAUCCAGACUUUCGCAGGACUCAGUUCGUUGCUGCGGAGAGGAUAAUAUCAGCCGCAGAGUCUCUCAACCACCCGCGACGCUGGUGGCAAGUGAAUCUCGGUCUUAGACGCAGAAUUGGUAAAGCUUUCCGUGGAUUCAAACGACUUCUGCCAGGUCUAGGAAGUUCGAGGAGUUCACUGCGGACGACUGCAUCACAAGACGGUAAUACCAAGAAAUACUAUCCCUACGAUGAAUUUCAGGAUGAGAACCGGUCGUGGCAUGGACUUGGUAGGUACCUGGAUGAGGACGAGCGCGACGAUCACGAAGGCUGGUCUCACGUGGAGUAUGCCAGGUAUUCACAAAUCCUAGAUUCGCCGGCAAUCCACUUCAAGUUCUUUUGGGACAUGCCGGGGACCGUGACAGAAGAAGAUGCAGACUUGGGCCGUCACGCACACUUCGACGACAUCAAUCUGUCCAAGCCACCGGCCUACGGGAUGGACCUGACCGUCAAAGGUGGCUUCGUUAACUAUGGACCUUGGGCCGAUCGCCUUCGCAUUGAAAUCCAGUCCGCUUUUUUCCCGAAUCCCUACCGAUCGGUUUCAGCCACUCCGCCGGUCAAAGUUGGCGACGUGCGGCAAUACACAGUCAUGACGAUACGCGUUGAUCUUGAAGAUGAAGUCAGCCUCCGCGUACCGACUAGAGAACGCUCGAAAGAUUGGCAGUGGAGAAACCGAGCUCACGCGGUCAGGGAAGCUGCUGCUGUACGGAAGCAACGUGAAAAGAGACACUUUCGAUUUCGCCGCGCUCCCAAGACAAAACUUGGUCCAGACAUUCGCCCAUUUGGCUGGUUGACCGUUUCAGCAGGACAAGAUUCGACAGUGCGUUAUGACAUGGACAUGGUGCCGCGACUAGAAGGGUACAGAAACCACUUGCGCCUUGACCUUAAGCACACGAAAGCUACUUCUAGCGUCAAUCACGCACUGCUCUGGCGUUGUCCAUCCCAAAAGGUCUCGUGCGACCUGUCCAACCCUCUAGGGUGGAAUGCCCUUCAUACCUGGGUUUUUGACGUUGAGAGCAGCGCCAUGGAGAUGUUCAUUCUGAGAGACCACAUGAUUCUGCUAACAGAUCUUAUUAGCGAUUUUACGGCAGGCCAGAAGCCAGACUAUAUGACCUUUGUCCCGUUUGUCUAUCAACUCCACUUGAAUUUCCCGGAUCUUAAACUCUACCUCAAUGCGAACGACUAUAACAUUAUUGAUAACCCAUGUGACCUUGAAGAGAAUGCAUUCUUGGUAUUGGGAUUUCAAACGCUGGCUGGAAGUGUGGAUAUCCCAAUGCAGCACUUCUCGCCUCGUCAGAGCAGCGUCAAGUUCAUUGGGGAGGGCCAUAAUGCCUCCCUAGAACUCAUCACCCCAGUGUGGAACACGCUCAAUACGCUCGCUGAAGACACGACGAUGAUGACGCUCAAGGUGCUUAAUCUCGAAGGCUCCUACAACUACUACCCCAAUGUGUCUCCCACCUUGACAGAUUCUUUAUUCAUGACCAUUACAGGCUAUUCGCCGAAGUUCUUUUUGCACGGGUAUCUGAUCCGCUAUUUUGUGAACGUCAAGGAGAAUUACUUUGGCGAAGAUCUGCAUUUCAGGACAUUGGAGGAGUAUCAAGACAUGCUCGCUGGCGAUGAACUCCCACGACCCCGACCAAGUAACAAAAAGGACAACGACCUCGAUGUCAUCUUGACUAUUCGAGCCGAGAACUCCUCGGUACUUUUACCUGCAAACAUUUACUCGCAGCGAGAAAAUGUCCGUGUGGAUAUCCUCCUUGUCGAUGCCGACAUGCGCUUUACCAACUACUACAUGGACUUGCAGGUGGAGUCGAGCCCCCUUGAGGUUUCUCUCGAGUCGAUAACUCUUACGGAAAACGAGCCGUCCAGCGAGAUCACGAACUGUCAAUUAUUCAUCGAUAGCACUGGGGUGUACGGUCAUAGACUUUUUGGAGCUCCCCCUACGGAGCCCACAUACGCCUGUCAUUGGGAUAUCAAUGUUGGCGAGAUCACGGGUGAAUGCUCCUCCAAAUUUGUACAGACCCUAAUCAAUUCCAUCAUGGCAUUCAUUUACACCCUGGACGACGAUGAAAAUUCUUUGCCACCUUUCAAUCGAACGGCUGUUCACGAUGUGACCUUUCUCAGAGCCAAUCUUGCCGGCCUUCGUCUUUGGCUGGUUUCGGGACGAACUGCCUACUUGCUGGAGCUUUCUGAAUCGGAUGUUUCGUUCAGCGACUGGGCCAAUUCUAGCUUUGCAAAGACUUUGCGUGCCAGCGUCCCACAGGUUGUCCUAGCAGCUGUGGACUACAAGGCUGCUCUACGACAUCACGAUCGGCAACCAGGCCCGGUAGAGACCCUCGCCUGUUUCCAAACCUCUCUUCGAAUUGGGACGCUGGACAAGACCGACAACCUUGCACAAACACGCGCAUCACAACAACAGCAUAUUCGUUAUCAUGACCAACGAACCCACCGUGCACGUUGGUUGUUGGAUCCUCAGAAGCACUACUUGCCCAAUCACAGAACACCCGACUGGGCGCGUGAUCCGCCGGCCAUGCCAGUGCCAUCAAUGCCUGAACCUGUUGGGGGAGUAGAAACUACCACUUUUGCGGAUUCAAGGCACGGCGAUGAUCGAAGGCGAGCUCGGGGACGACAACCCUCGUUUAUAUCGGCCUCGUCAACACCACCACGAAAGGGAUUGUCUGUCGAGUCAGGUAUGCGGGAUCGGUCUAGUCAUGGCCCUGUUGGAUCCUGGCCGCCCCCGUCCAACAAGUCUGGUCUUAGCCGUGAGGGUCUGAGUCGUGUCCAUUCAAAAGAUCAAGAUGUGCAUCAGACCUUAGUGACGUUCUCCAGUCCAUGGACCCCACCGCACUUUACACUGCAUGAUAUCGAACCUGAUACAAGAAAUCUACCUCAGCUCCCUGCCUUGGAUCCUGCCCAGUUUCCCUCCCUGACGCCAGCGGCCAGCACAGAUCUUGGGACGAUCCCAGACGAAUUCGAGGACACACCACACAACGGUGUUGUCUUCAUGGUUCAGAAUGGCCUAAGAGGGUUUUGCACUCCCUCUCUCUUCAUGUCAAUAGGAGAUCUAAUACGAGAACUGGGUGAGGAUCGGCCGAUGGACCAGCUGGACAAGGUGCAGAUUACGGUUAUGAAGCGAAUUCUGGAAUCCCACAAGCACGAUGACCGCGGACACGUUGUUGACUUCGCUGUUCAAUUGCCCUUUGUACAUGUUAGGUUGGUCAACAGCCUACAAGGCGAACCCGAGGGCCUCACACCAUUUGCUCGAGAGGACCAAUACGACGUGAAACUCAGGAGUUCACAGUUAUUCUACCGCCUCCUUCAUCCCAGGACCAGUGCCAGAGGGGGGCACAACCAACCGCACAGUCAACUGGCGUAUGGUUCGAUUGAAAAUUUGUCCGUAUCCGUACAGGAUGCUACACUCACAACUGAGAAGCCCUCUGCACAGACUGCAGUCUCCCUGGCGAAGGUGGGAUUCUGGUUCUGCAUGAAAGAAGAAAUCAACUCCAAAUUGCAGCUGAGCAACUUUGACGUUGUAUUGUGGGCGGACCAACUCAACAGUAUGGCAGGACUUAUCCAAAGGACAGUGUCGAUGGUCGAUCGCAUUGUCGAGGGCUUUGAAGGUCUUGAUCAGAGCUAUAAAUCAAGGCACUUGAUCUAUCAUCUGACUCAAGCGGGCAAUACAAUCUCGGAUCCUGUCUUUCUGACGAGACCUUCCUAUGUGCUCAGAAGUGCGGACAAACAUGUCCGUCUAAGCGACUCGUGGAAGAUCAUUUCCAGACUCAGGUACAUCUUUGCCACCCUCGAAAAAGAGCAAGGGCGAGACUUCGUUGCGAAGUGCGGCUGCGAAAACUUCGAGUUGAAAGAUCCCGCCAAACUCCAGGUUCUUUCUUCGUUCGAGCAGUGGCGAGGCUGGGAUUACGCACGCGAUAAAGUGCCGAUCAUGAGUUCCCUUUUUGACAGUGGGCGUGUCCAAACACCGGAAGCAGUCGACAACAAGCUGAUUGUACAGACGGAAAUCAUCGUGGGGAAACUUGAAGUCAUUUUGGAUCCAGGACCUCGUCAGAGUGAUUUGGCUCUACUCGGCCUUGAUUUCAACAUAAUCCUGCGGCCUGCAGGUACAUCCGGCCUCGACAAAAAUGCGCGGAGAAUCAUCCUUCAAGCUUACACUGCAGACACGUCGCUUCAUCUCAACUGGGCUCUGGUCGAACUCGCCCGUCAGGUUAUUGAACUGGGCAAUCCUCUAUCCCUACGAACAGCCGACACCAAUGAUUCCGUGGAGAAGGCAGCGCAAAACCGGUCUGCAAAGAGAAACCACUUCACAGUUAUGGUGGGAGCCGAUGCAGCUUCCAUUUACCUCACCACGAUCAACCUGAAACUGAAAUGGGCAGCCGAAAGCUUUCGAAGUGGUGUCUCUUUCUCCGAAGGUGGCUCUAAGCCUACGAUUUCCUCCUUCACGAUUGCAGCAUACACAGCAAUGGCCAAGUUCAGAAGCCAUUCUCAUACUCUGAUGAUGUGGCGCCUCCGCAUGCCAAAACUAUAUGGAUCAGUAUGGCCACAGCCGCCUGCCAGCUCCGGAGACCAAAAGAUGGUGGUCCAGAUCUGUGCCGCUUCGCACAAGUUUCGGUUUCAGAUGAAGGAAGACAUUGUCAAGUUGCUUGUAGUCGCCGAUUCUGUCGUGCGCGAGGAAGCUGCGACAAUUACUGAUUUACUCCACCAGAUUCCCAGCGCAAACGGCAGCAAAGUCCAAAAGAGUUCUGGUUCAAACGAUGCUCUCAAUCUCGAUCUUCGUGUUGCCAUGUUUUUGGACGACUACAGGUUGAGCUUCGUGAUCGUUCCGUCUCUACACUAUGCAAUUGCCGGGAACGUGGCCCGCACAUCGAUCGUUCCACGGCGACAUGGUGGACUGGAUGUCAAUUUUGACAUUAAAGAGCACGAGCACUUGUUUGAAGUCCCUGAGGGUGCCUCCCAGGGCAAUUUGUCCCUCUUGAAGAUGCCACCGAUCAAUGGGCGUCUUUGCGUAGCUCAGAAUGAUGCUCUGGUGUCAGUCCGAGCUCGUAUGACUGUCGAACAGAUUAAUCUGGAAGCGUCGGGUGUGCGAGCUUGUUUCGACGCACUGAAUCAGCCUGGCGUGAUCCAAUUAAUACUAGAUGCCAGGAAAGCAGUCCAGCGAGUGCAAGAGUCCAUCGAUCAUCUCACAGGUGGGAAGUCAAAACCCAAGGCCGACAACCCUCCUGACGCCACACUUUUGCUUCGCUAUGCAAUUCAUGGAACACUUGCCGGGAUCAAGGUCCACUUCAGUGCGCCGUCUGUCAGGGAAGAUCAGGACUACCGUGCUGAUAUGGAGCUUCAGCUCCAAGGGACGACAUUAUAUAUUCACAACGAGGCGGAAGAUCCGGACUCGAUCCAUGAGCGGCCACAGUUCAUCCUAAACUCUCAGGGCAUUGGCCUUGGGCUUUAUCGCAGUACAAGAUCCGAGCGGGCUAACUUUGGCCUCUGUACCAUAGGAGUGAAAGCCUCGGGCAAAACCGAGACAAUUGGGAAGUCAGGGACAGUCCAGGUUUAUAGGGCAUGGAGCGAUGGAAUUGCUAUUGAGCUGUUUGAGGAGAGUGCUACCCUUGCGGUCGACAUCAUGGCAUUUCUGCAAGAUCGGAUCAAAUCACUCAAGCUUGCUGAUAGUGGGGAGAACAUGCAACACAUCCGGAGGAUGACCACCGCUGGCCUCACCGAGCGGUUGAGACCUCGAGAUCCAAUGGAUGUGGCCAGUGAAGCGGCCGAGAGCGUCGACGGCACUUCUACCAUCCUCUAUGCCUCGACCUAUGCUCUUGACCUCGAGAACAUUAUGCUCCGAUGGAAUUUGACGCGAAGCCCUGGUUUUUCGGCUACCCGUGAGCUGGACGAUCUCGUUUUCUCAAUACGAAAGGUCGAUCUCAAGACCCGACAAGAAGGAACCGCUCGGCUCUCGAUACUGGACACACAGUUGCAGAUUGUUCCACAGUCCCAUUCGGAGAACCCCAUUGAACGGACCGCCAACUCUGCAUUACUACCCGAAGUAGUCUUCGCCACGGCCUACCUCUCCACCAAGCAUGAACGACGAUUUGCGUUUCAAGCGAAAGGGAAAGCGCUGGACCUCCGACUUUCUUCCGACUUCGUGAUACCCGGUCACGCCUUACAAAAGUCGCUUGGCAGUGCCAGCGCCGAGUUACGCAGAGCGAAGAGUUUCCGUGUGACCAGUUCAGCAACACCACAAGCCUCUCAGAUGGAUCUGUUGGGCGGAAAGCGACUGGCAUCUCUUUUAGUUGAUGCUGAUUUUGCCGGGGCUGUGGUCCAUAUCAGCCCUCGGAGCGAAGUUGAACACAAGAGUUCAGUAUUCGGGUUCUUGAAAGGCAAGAAACGAUCUCGGGCAGGCCGGUAUGGUCAAGCAGUCCAAGGUGAAGACGUUUCAUCAGCCGUGUUAAAGGCUCCUGGAGUUGCUCUGAAAGUCGAGUACAAAGACGAUAACCGAGAUGAUCCGUCCCUGAGUACUGAGGUCAGAGUCGCAGCAUCCUCGAAUACUCUUUACCCUACUGUCGUGCCGUUGAUACAAGAAAUAUCAGCAAGCAUCAAAGAGAUCCUGGGCGACGAUCGGACAGGGGAUGGCAAGCCUGGCUCAUCGGCAGACGCUCGCAGCUACCUUUCGGAGACGGCGCUCAGUAACUCGAAUCCAAGUACCAUUUUCGGACGCUGCAAACUGAAUGCUGGGCUCUACAUACAACCACAGCAGUUCAGCUUGAGCUGUCAACCGAUUGCAAGAGUGGCGGCCACAGCCAGAUUUGCAGACAUAUUCGUCAGGGUCAACACCGUGUCUGCCCCUGAUCAAGAACGAUUCUUUGCCAUUCAGACGACAUUCAAUAAACUCGCGGCUUCGGUACAACAUGUUUAUUCACGGGAAUCAACUGCCAGCUUCGAAGUGGAUUCAAUUGUCAUGUCGCUAAUAAACAGCAAGCAUGUCAGCGCGACGACGGGUAUCUCAGUGGUUCUCAAUAUCAGUCCGAUGAAGACAGACAUCAAUGCAAAACAACUGCAGGACUUUCUGCUCUUCCGUGAAAUCUGGUACCCGCCAGAACUGCGCAGCAAGUCCAAAACAGCCGCCCCCACCGCGUCUCCCCUGGACCAACAAGCCUAUGCAAUGCAGCGCUAUCAGGAGUUCUCCGGGAAGGGCACUUUACCAUGGCAUGCUAUCGUGUCGGUGCAGGAAGUCCAGCUCCAAGUCGACCUUGGUCAGGGGCUCGGCAAAUCGAUCUUCACGAUCUCCAAACUUUGGGCCUCGUCGAGAAAGAACAGCGAUUCGGAGCAAAACUUGUGCAUGGGGUUUGACAGAGUCGGGGUCGAUAGCACGGGGCGGAUGAGCGGUUUCAUUGAGCUGGAAAAUAUGCGGGCACGGACGUCAAUCAAAUGGCCAGAAGAUGCAACAGCGAAGACCCGUGCGCCCCUCGUCCAGGCAUCUAUUGGGUUCGAGCACUUCCGCGUGAAGGCCGCCUUUGACUAUCAACCGUUCGCAGUGGCUGACAUUUCUUUCUUCGAGUUCUUGAUGUACAAUGUGAGGCAGGGCCUUGGGAGCGACAGUGAUCGCCUGGUCGGCCUUGUCGAUGGCGGCAAGGUUCAAGUGUUUUGCACCACAGCCACUGCCGCACAGGGCCUGGCUCUCGUGCAGGCGUUUGAACGAUUGAUGCAAGAGAAACAUGAAGCCUACGAGACAUCGCUCCGGGAUCUGGAUAAGUUCCUCCGAAGGAAAUCGGUGUUUCCAUCCAGCACUUGGACAACUCCCGCUCCGGUCAAGGAGCGCCAAGGGGAAACUGUCGCAAAGGGCACAUUUGCGCUACACACAGACGUCGUUCUGACAUUGGGCGCUCUUGACGCUGGCGUCUUCCCAAACACGUUCUUCGACAACCAGAUCCUGAAGGUCGAAGCGACGGAAGUACAGGCGAGGUUUGCAGUGGCGACAACCGAGGGCAAAACUCACAGUGCCCUCGGAAUGACGUUGGGACAACUCAGAGUCGCGUUGUCGAGUGUGACGCGGGUUACCACCAAAGCUCUGAGCGAGGUCUCGGUCCCGGAUGUCAUCGACAGAGCCACCACCUCCCGAGGCGGAACCAUCGUCAAGGUACCUCGUCUCGUCUCCGCAAUGCAAACCUGGCAGGUCGCGGACUCUAACACGAUUGAAUAUACCUUUCGGAGCACCUUCGAGGGCAAAGUCGAUGUUGGCUGGAACUAUGCGCGAAUCAGCUUCAUCCGCGGCAUGUGGCAGGCUCAUUCCCGCGCCCUGGCCCAGCGCCUGGGGAAACCCCUCCCACCAUCUGCCAUCAAAGUCACAGCGGAGCCCUCGGAAGAUGGGGAGAACGGACGUCAAGAGAAGAUCACUGCGGUUGUCAAUGUUCCGCAGAGUAAAUUCACCUAUGUGGCGCUUGAGCCGCCGGUGAUUGAUACGCCACAGCUUCGAGACAUGGGCGAGGCGACGCCGCCGUUGGAGUGGAUCGGAUUGCACAGGGACAAGCUGCCCGAGGCCACACAUAGCAUUGCAAUCGUGAGUCUGUUGGAGAUUGCGAGGGAGGUGGAGGAUGCGUAUACUAGGAUACUGGGAGCGAGCUGA